CACAUACUUUCACGUCUUCAGGGUGUUUCUUUGAAUGGCAAUGUCUUUGUCUGUUGUUACCAUGAUAACAGAAGAUUAUAACAACUUAACAACUCCAAAUGCAACCUUACAUAUUGAGGAUAUGGAUAAAAGUUUAUUCAUCCCCAAUAUUGUGGUUCCCAUUGUGUCCGUUUUACUCUUCAUCUCAUCCGUUGUGAUAACAUAUCUCAUCGAUGAUCCUGGUAUCAAAACACUGAAAGAUUCUUUACCCGAGGAUGAUUUAAAAUCAAUCUCUGAAUCCGACAAAAAGCACUUAAGGUACCUGGCCGAACGCAAGCUUUAUGUUGAUACGAAGGGCCAUACCUUUUCUGCAUUUACACCUUCUCUCAAUACACCAGAAACCACUAAGCAGACGGCGUAUGAGUAUUCAGAAAACACGGGCCGAGAAAGGUGCAGGGCGUGCUCUGAAUCUCAUGCUCCACAUGUUGGUGAGAUUAGCUCUGAAACUCAGAUAAUUUUACAACAUAUGCUGAUACGUGCUGGACAUCCGCAUAACAACACAGACAGCCUGUUUUCUGGUAGCUCAGCUCGUUCCAGAUCUGGGUUUCACAACCCAUUUUCCUCCUUUAAAAAGUCAAAGGCCACGGAUAGUGAAGCACAAAAGCUGGAGGAAAACAUGCCUAAAUCUGAAGGUGAACUUCAGUGUUAAUUUUGCGUUCUGUGCACUGAGUUAAUCUCAUACACUUACUAUCUAGAGCAUGGAAGUCGGUCGGCGCUUCAAACUCCUGUUUUAUUCAUUAACAAACGUUAUUAACCAUAUUAUUAUACACGAAGACACCGAACCUCUUGUUUACUAUUGCCACACAUAAAUAAUCAGUUAAACGUUAUGUUCUAGUCUCCCUUGUUUGUAUCUGUAUCCAUAAAUUUUCUGCCAGUGC